GGAUGGACAAUUUAGUCCAGAAGUACAACAAAGGAAAGAAGAACAGAAACAAAGCGAAGUAGACAAUGAAAAACCAGACAGUUAUGGUAAUAAAAUAGGUGAAAAACCCAGUAUGGGCACACCCAUAUUUCCAAGCAGCUUCUCUUCUAGAGGUACAGGGAAGAGUGUAUAUAUAUAUAUAUAUAGAGGGAGGUGAGAUGAUGAUGGAUGAGCAUGUGAUUUGAUGAAUUGGAUCGCUUUCUGUGUGUAAAAGCUGAAGAUUCUCUGUGUUAUCUCACUUGUGUUUGUUUCACAUUUUUUAUAAUUUAAGGGAAAGAAAGAUCUAACACCAUUCUCAGACAGAAUUCGCGUCUGAUUUUCCGGGAAAAGUUCCCUGAUAUUCCUGUUACUCGCAUCCCAACAAGCUAAAUUUCGUCUUUUGGUCUCUGUUUCUUUCUGGGUAUUUGAUUUUUAUCGUUUGUGGCAGAAAUGCUUGUUUAUAAUCUCUCUCUCUCUCUCUCUCUCGCAGUUUGUGUAAUUUGUUCUAUUUGUUUCAAGCUCGUUUGCUAAUCUGAUCUCCAUUUUUACUAGGGUGGGUUUGUUUGUUUGUUUGCUUGUUUGUUUUGGAAUCUGUCUGUGUGUUGUGAUUGCUUUCUGUGUAUCCCAAUCUAAAGUUUUUGUGAGAUUUGUAACGGUUAAUCUCUUGUAUUGGAGUAUCAUUUAUGUAUUAUAGUGUUUUAUAAUCAUUCAUUUGAAGAGACUGUAAUUUCUGUGCCCUAGGGUUCGUUUGCACUCCAAGUGUUAGGAUUUUGGGUGGUGCAUACCUUAAUAGUAUAGCCUAUUGGCGUUUUCCCUUCUGGUCUGUGCAAAAUCUGUUUUAGGCGUUUUAUACUUGUGGUUUUCUGAGUGGGUUCUGAGCUUUCUGUGGAUGUAUAAGGAUAAAUCCCCAGGUCAUAGUGGUGGUUUGCCACCUCCGUCUAGUCGUUUCUCUAGUUUUUCACCGCCUGGUAGUUCUUUUAAUGUGAAACCUGAGCCAUCAUCGUCUGCAUUUCCUCCGAUGGCUCCAGGUAAUAGUUCAGACCCUAGUCAUUUCGGUCAUGGAUCAGAUGCUAGCCGCUUUAGUCAUGACAUUAGCCGAAUGCCUGAUAACCCACCUAAGAAUAUAGGUCACCGUCGUGCUCAUUCAGAGAUUCUCACUCUCCCUGAUGAUAUUAGCUUUGAUAGUGAUCUUGGCGUAGUAGGUGGUGCAGAUGGGCCUUCUUUCUCCGAUGAGACUGAGGAAGAUUUGUUGUCAAUGUACCUUGAUAUGGAUAAGUUUAAUUCAACCUCUGCUACUUCGGUUUUUCAAUUGGGGGAGUCAUCAACUCCAGCACCAGCGGCGGCACCAGCACCAGCAGUACCAGCUAAUGUCAGUGUUGGCCCUAGUGAAAGGCCUAGAGUUAGGCAUCAACACAGCCAGUCAAUGGAUGGAUCGACCACUAUCAAGCCAGAGAUGCUCAUAUCUGGUGCAGAGGACGUCUCUCCAGCUGAUUCUAAGAAAGCCGUGUCUGCUGCAAAGCUUGCUGAACUUGCUCUUAUUGAUCCCAAACGUGCAAAAAGGAUUUGGGCAAAUAGACAAUCUGCUGCAAGGUCAAAGGAAAGGAAAAUGCGAUACAUAGCUGAACUUGAACGGAAAGUGCAGACACUGCAAACAGAAGCAACGUCAUUGUCUGCUCAAUUGACUCUAUUACAGAGGGAUACAAAUGGUCUGACUGCUGAAAAUAGUGAACUCAAAUUGCGCUUGCAAACAAUGGAGCAACAGGUCCACUUGCAAGAUGCAUUAAAUGAUGCAUUGAAAGAAGAGAUUCAGCAUCUGAAGGUCAUGACUGGUCAAACCAUGCCAAAUGGUGGACCCAUGAUGAACUUUGCGUCUUUUGGAGCGGGCCAGCAGUUCUAUCCCAACAAUCAAGCAAUGCAUACUCUUUUGACCACACAGCAGUUUCAACAGCUCCAAAUUCAAUCUCAGAAACAGCAGCAUCAAAUCCAGCAGCAUCAACUGCAUCAGCUACAGCAGCAACAGCAAGAACAACAGCAGCAGCAGCAACGAGUUGGGGAUUUGAAACUGAGGGGAACAAUGCCUUCUCCAAACCAGAAAGAUAAUGCAUCAGAUAUUAACCCUCCAACUAAUGACUGAGAAGGGAUUUGGCUAGUGUGCAGCCUUCUUGUACAAAGGUCUCCUCUUUUGUGUAAAAUCGUAGUUGCGUUAUGUUCAGAUAGGAGAUCUGCAGUCUGUCUCCCUCCAAGCCGUUUAUUUUAUUGAUUUUUUCCCCAAUCUGUUUAGAUGUAUUUGAUAUCUAUUUAUUUUAGGCAGUUCUAUAUUUUUAGUUUAGUUAAAGACUGGGUUAUAUGAUACAUCUACAUGGUAUAGUUUAUGUAGCAUCUUCGUUGUGAUCUCGUAUAAAUCUUUGACAGGAUUCGUUAGAA